AUGUCUUCUGGACGCGGCGGCUUCUCGGUCCGGGACCUUCUGGACCUGCCGGCGGGGGACUCCGCGGCGGGUACCGAAGACCCGGAGGGAGAGGAGGCCGACGCCGAGGAGAGCCCCGAGGAGGCUCCGCAGCCAGGCCGCCUCAAGCUGUCAAUGGGUAGCGCGUUUGGCUCACGGUUCUUCGAAUUCCUCGCGGUUUUCCUCCCACGUCCCUGCACUUUGUCCUCCGCAGUGCACGCGGGUCCGGGCGCGGUGCGCCGCGCGCGCAAGCGGCGCGUCCUCUUCUCCAAAGCGCAGACGUCCGAACUGGAGCGGAGCUUCCGGCAGCAGCGCUACCUGUCCGCCCCCGAGAGGGAGCACCUGGCCGGCCGCAUCCAGCUCACGCCCAACCAGGUGAAGAUCUGGUUCCAGAACCAUCGCUACAAGACCAAGCGCUGCCUGCAGGAGGCGCUGCGGCUGCUGCGGGCGCCGCACAGGUUCGCCGCCAUCCCGGCGGUUCUGCUGCGGGACGGGAAGCCGAGCGGCGAGCGCCUCGGGGGGAGCCCGCGCGACCUGCGGCUGGCCUUUCCGGUUCCGGUGUGCGCCUACGCGCACGCGCACGCGCCCGACCCCCAGCAGACCCUCGGACGGCUCACCUGCGGCUGGAACAACAACUGGACCUGAUCCACAAGAAACACGUUUGCUUUUAAUGUCAUUAAAAAAAAAAAAAAAAAAAAGAGAAUGGAAUGUUUUUUCACGUUGACAGAUUGGUGUGUAAAUGUGUUUGUGAUUUAUUUUAUUUUUUUCUAAUGUUGCCUGCUGGAAUAAAGUUUGUCAGUCAAUCCAGACAGUUUUGUACUUUCAAAAAAUGUACAUAUUUUUUGUAGCCUAUUUUUUUUUUUAUACACUUGUUACAUUUAUGAUGCUGUUUAUUUGAUGUGCAGUAAUUAUGAUGUAAAAAUUGUCCCCAAAAGUAGGUGAAUCUUAUUAUCUCAAAUUGUGUUGCGUAACGCGCAUGUUUUCCAAUCCGCGUGUGUGUGUGUGUGCGUGUUAUUUUGUG